AUGGUUCGACUGAAUAGCUGCCAUGGCAAUGAGUUCAAUCCGCUGUUCCGGAGCGACAUGGGCUCGGAGUCGGAGGAGGGCAGCGACGCGAGCGAGGAUGACGGCGGGGAGGAAGGUGAGGCUUCAGAGCCCGAUCCUGACGACCCGGAGCCUCUGGAAGACCUGGAUGGAGCUUUCGCCGACGCGAGAGACUGCUGGAAGAUCGAUGCGGAGACUCUGAAAGGCUUCUACCUCCACAGCCCCACUGGCCAGCUUUUCAGCUGGGAUCAGGCGCAAGGCGUCCUUUACGAGUACCUCCGUGAAUCGGGUGAGUGCAAGCCCGUCUGGGCUGCUGGUGCUCCACACAUGAGUGCCGAAAUUUGGACGGUCCUCCCGCUUCCGCCGACAGAUCCUGCCAGUCUGCAGACUGCCGCCACGGAGCAGUCUAGCAGCGUGCUGUGCAUCCUUCACCUGUCCCGAGCCCGGGCGGCACAGCGAGCCGCCGCGGCCUCCGAGGACUUUUGCAAGCGGCUGAGGCUUGGCAACUGCGCCCUGGAGGCUCUCUUGUCCUUGCCUCCGGCGGGCCAAGCCUACGUGCUCAAGACCUUCUGCGCCCCACGGAACGAUCCGGCCGGCGCAUUGUGCCGGCAGGUAGAGGUCUUGCGCCGUCUUGGGAAUCAGGCACCCUACGCUACGGCGCUGGAGCAAGCGACCAUCCGUGUGCCAACCAGCGGUGCGAUCCUGGGGCGCUGCGUUCCGGAGGUGUCCGCUCUUUGCUGGCACGACACGGAUCCGGUGGCGGCGGCACACUGCCGCAUCUCUUGCAUCAAUGGCCAGUUCUCUGUGUGUGACCUCGGGGCAGAGGAGGAGGGGACACUUUUCGACGGUCGGCGCUUGGGCACGGCCUGGUGUCCACUGAAGGACGGGACUAACCUCGACCUGGGUCCCAUCCGCAUCCGCGUGGAGCUCAAGCCGGUCCAAGCGGCUCCGAGCCAGGCCCAGAAGCCGAGUGCCCCGGCUAAGCGGGGCGCCUGGCGAUCUGCGAAGCGCAAGGGUGCCGACUUGCCGGCGGAGCCUGCGCAGCCCAAGCGCCCCAAGGCGGACCUCAAGAAGAUCACGGCUCCACUUCUUCGAGAGCCUUCUCCUGAGCCAGAACCUGCCGGCCUUAGAUCCACAGCACAGCUGCAGACUCCCUUCGCCAUGCCUGGGGACCCGGUAGCGUCGCCACCGAGCCCUCCACGCCUUCGCAGCGGCGUGCUGGAUGCCGAGAUACUGCGUCUGCAGCGGCGUCGGGCCCACUGCCCGGGGGUCUCCGGUGCCGGUUCGGCGUUUUGGGCUGCGCCGCGGAGCGACUCGGAAGCUGAGUGGGCCUGGGGCACCCUUUGUGGGGUGUUCUGUUUAAGGUUGAGGGUGUAA